UUUCAUCAGUGCAAACAUCUGUCCAAACCAAACCCACAGAUGUACCAACAACUCCUCCAUCCACUGCAGAUGCUGAGACAACUCGUCCAUCGCAGCAAACACCAAAGACAGAAACCUCUUUCCUUCUGAAACCCACUGAUGAACUUUCAACAGUCUCUUCUCACACUGGAACUUUUGAGGCAUCCUCUCUCUCAGGUACAGAGACAUCCGUCCACCCCAAACCCACCAACACACCUGUAACGCCCUCUAAAACUACAGGACCUCCUGGUACAAACAUAGUCUGCACUCUCAUUGCUGUGAUCGCGGCUCUCUGUGUGCUGCUGCUUGUUGUUUGCUUCCUGGCCGUGCUGCACAGAAGGAAACGCAGCAACAAAAUUGUAAUGCCUGGUUGUCUAAAGGAAGAGAAGAAGAAGAAGCUGGAAGAAGAUGGCAGAUCGAGUAAUGAUCAAUCUGAAGAAUGUUCUGACCACAGUGACCCCGAUAUGGCUUGGAAGAAAUCUAUCAGUGGAGUCAGAGCCAAGUCAGCAAACGCCGUCAUCCUCACGUCUCCUUUUGGUUCUUCUGAGAAAGAUAAAGUGACUUUCCAAAUUGAGACAGAGGCGCCGUCUGAAUCCUCAGAAAGACCAAAAGACAGAAAGCAGAAGCUGGAAACUGAAGGUGAAGCAGGUGCUGCAGGAGAAGAAGGAAUUCAGAUGGAAAACCAAAAAACCACCGACACAGAGAAGGAAAAUGAAAGGGGAGAAGAUGAUGAUAAGAUUCUGUCUAAAAACCCAGAGUGUGUUUACGUCAACACUGACAUAAUUCCUUAUCUGAGCAUAGGUACAAAUCCGAACAAUCCCAGUCCUGAAGAUGAGUCCACUAAAGACCCAAGUCAAAGUUCACAGACAGGUAAAGUUAUUGGGAGGAUCUCUACCUGGCCUGCCACUGCAGCUCAGUGGCAGGCAAGAUGUAAAAUGAAAGAAGGGGAGGAGGAGGAUGGUGAAGGCAUCACUGUUUGGACUCAAAGUGAAGUUUUACAACUCUCAAAUGAAGUGGGGAAGAUUAAAAACAAGAUGAAGCAACCUGAAAGCUCUGAGCUGUGUGAGAAGGAAGAUGAAACUGAGAAAAAUCACUCAGAAGCUCAUGUGAAUCUGAGGGAUUCUCUCGUCCUCAGGGCCUCAACCACAGAGGAGCAGCUGAAAAAGGAAGGGAUGGUCCAGGACCCAGCUACUGUCAGACAGAAAAAAAUCAAAAUCAGUCAAAAUCAAGAGCUGAAAUCAGCAGAAAAUCCCACACACAAGAGCAGCAGUACGACAGAAGUCAAACCAGACCUGAAGCGAGGUGGGACCGGUAGACGGAGGGCAGAAAACAGAGCUACAGGCUCAAAAGCUCCCUCCGGUGGAGCUUCACCAGACGAUGAAACACUGCUGUCUGGAAACGAAUACGCCUUCAUGGACCUGCUGCAUGAAGUGGCUCAGAACAAUGGCCGCUGGACCAGAGAGAGGUGGAAGCAGAUGCACAUCAACAAGCAGCGGCGGUAGAACACAAAUAGCUUUUGAAGUUUUGAAUGUAGAUUUAUUCUACCUGCUGAUUUUAAUUAUUCAAGGUUUAUUUUAUAUAACAUUAGAUUAUGAUUACUAGUGGAUCUGAGCCUAAAUUAAAGUGUAUUCUAUCACAUAUUUUUUAACUAGUAUGUCUGUUUUUUAUUCUAAAAUGUCUGAUGCCUCACAAGUAAGGGUGACAUAAAUUGGUCCAUUAUGAAGCAGCAGAGAUUCCCUCUCCUUAAAACUUCUGAAUUUUAAUACUACAUGCAUGUACAUGAAUGAGUUGUCACACUGAACCAUGACUCUGCAGGAUUUUAACCACCUUAUAGGUACAUCAGUAUAUUACUCAGUCUCCCCUCUCCUGAGAAGCUUCUUCUUGACUUACAUUUGAUUUUUUAUAUUUAUUAUGAACAUUUCAAUGUUGACAGUGUUUUAUAC